UUCUUUCCUCCAACCUUUUGCUUUCUGCCAUUGUCUGCACGUUCUUGGCCUGUGGGAGAACUGGUGGCACUGUGGCAGUGGCAUCCGUAUUUAUUUGAUCUGCGACUGUGUACCAUCAAGCCCUCUCCUCCGAUUCUUCCAGUUGCAUGCACACAAAGUUUCCCAGAUGUAUCACUAUCUGCAACUCUCAGUAUUGCUGGUCACCAUUCUCUCCGACGUAGCAAUUGCUCAAAGAUGGAGGGAGAUCAGCGGCGGCAACCAAUGGAGCGGCCUCCUAGAUCCCCUGGACAUCGACGUCCGGCGCGACGUCAUCCGCUUCGGCGAGCUGGCGCAGGCGACGUCGGACGCCUUCAUCACGGACCCGGCGUCGCCGUACGCCGGGGCUUGUCGAUACAGCCCGGCCUCUUUCUUCAGCAAGGUUCAGGCGUCCGACCCGGGCGCGUACCGGGUCACAAGGUUCAUCUACGCGACGUCGAGCGCCCGGCUGCCCGACGGGUUCAUGGCAAGGCCGGUGCCGGCGGGCGCCUGGAGCACGGAGUCCAACUGGAUGGGGUACGUCGCUGUGGCCACCGACCGCGGCGCGGCGGCGCUCGGGAGGCGGGACAUUGUGGUGGCGUGGCGCGCAACGAAGCGGGUGACGGAGUGGGCCAGUGACCUGGACUUCGCGCUGGUGCCGGCUGCCGGAAUCGUCGGGCCGGGGCGCGGCUGGUCGCAGCCGUACGUGCACAGGGGGUUUCUGUCCGUGUACACGUCCAAGAAUUCCACGUCGCGGUUCAACAAAAGAAGCGCGCGCGAACAGGUACUGACUGAAGUAAGAGGGCUGCUCGAUACAUACAAGAAGGAGAACUGCAGCAUCAGCAUAACCGGCCACAGCCUCGGAGGCGCACUGUCCACGCUCAACGCCAUCGACCUGGUCGCCAAUGGAUUCAACGUCCGCGGUCCGUCCCGAAGCCCCGUGCCCGUGACGGCCAUCCACUUCGGCGGCCCCCGCGUCGGCGACGAGCAGUUCAAGAAGGCUUUCCACUCGAUGGCCGGCCUGAGCCUGCUCCGAGUCCGCAACGUCCCGGACAUCGUGCCGACCAUCCUACCGCCCGUGUUCUACAGCGACGUCGGCGUGGAGCUGCUCGUGGACACACGCAAGUCGCCGUACCUCAAGGAGAAGGCGGGCCCUGCCCAGUGGCACAACCUCGAGGGCUACUUGCACGGCGUGGCCGGCACGCACGGCGCCGGCGACGCCGCGGGGUUCAGCCUGGUGGUGGACCGCGACUUGGCGCUCGUCAACAAAGAAGAGGACGCGCUCAAAGACGACUACCCCGUGCCGGCGAUGUGGUGGGCGGAGAAUAACAAGGGCAUGGUCAAGAACGCCACUGGACACUGGGUGCUGCACGACCACGAGGAGGGUAACCUUGCGUUGUGAUCAUUUCCUUUUGUCUAUAAGAUCGUCGAAACGCUUCUCACGAAGUACUAUAAUACUGCAUGUAAGCUGCUUUUCUGAACUUUCUACCGUCAAACAUUUCCGUGUUUUUUUUUUUUGCGGGGAACAGCUCUCUCUUUGUCACUCUGUAAGGAAAAAUUACUAGCAUCAUAUAAUUACUUCUAGUAUAUGACAUGAUAUGAUUGCACCGGAAUUAAUGGUCAAAUAUGA